AUGCCUUCUUUACUAUUAUAUCUUUUGCCAUUGCUGCUACUUGCUUUUCACUGUUCUCAUGAGCUAACUACUCUAUGCAGUGCAGCAGCUCUUGUGCCCAUUGCUGAACAUGCUGCUAAUUGCAUAGAGAGCGAGAGAAUGGCCCUUCUUGACUUCAAGAAGCACAUCAAAGAUCCAAACAAUACGCUCUCUUCUUGGGUAGGACAAGACUGCUGCUCAUGGGAAGGAGUCCACUGUGACAACCAAACUGGCAACAUUAACACACUUGAGCUUGGGUGGCGGAUAUCAGGCCAGCCCUAUCUGGAAGGUGAAAUAUCUGCCUCUUUGAUUCAUCUUCAACACUUGAAACACCUUGACUUGAGUCACAACUUCAUUGGAGAACCUAUGCCAUCAUUCAUCAGCCAGUUUAAAGAAUUGAGAUACCUCAAUCUCUCUGGUUGUUUUUUUGCUGGACAAAUUCCUGCUAGUUUUGGAAAUCUCUCCAGUUUGCACACUCUUGACCUCUCCUACAAUUUUGGAGUUCAUGCUGAUGAUCCUGCUCAUCAAUGGCUUUCUCAUCUCACUUCAUUGCAACAUUUUGAUAUGAGUUAUAGUGCCAUCAGCAACUCAUCAACCACUUUGUUUCUAGCUCUUAACAAGCUUCCUUCCAUAAAGGAGAUACACUUGACUGAUUGUGGGUUUCAAAGCAUUCCUGUUUCUUUUUCCCAGCUCAACUUUUCAUCUCUUACUGUUCUUGAUCUCUCUUACAACUUUAUCAAUUUCUCUGGGAUUUCAUGGAUGUUCAACCUCAAGAACCUUCAUUAUCUAAACCUUGGUCACAAUAGACCUGAACCUGACACCCUGUCUGCUCCUCCUGAAGACCGUUCUUUCAGGGUAAUCGUCAUACCAGCAGAGGGAAGUAAGCAAACAUAUAAGAUAAGCAUACCUGAAAGCAUAGGCAGUCUUUGCAGCUUGCAAACUCUAGACCUUUCAGGCUUGUAUAUCAACAAGACAUUUGCUGAACUUGGUGAUGCUUUUUCUGGUUGUCUUAUGGAUAGUCUUACUCAUUUGCACUUAGCCUCUGUGAAUCUCAAAGGAGAUAUAGCUGGUUGGAUUUGGAACAUCAAGAAUUUUAAGGUUCUUGAUCUAUCUGACAACUCAAUCUCUGGCUCUCUUUCUUCAUCUCUAGCAAAGCUUACACAGCUGGAGUAUGUAAAUCUUGCUAAUAAUCAGCUGACUGGUGUAAUAUCUGAAGCACACUUUGCUCAACUUGAGAAAUUAGAAACACUCGAUAUGUCCAGUAAUUCACUGGUUUUCAAUGUGAAUUCUAACUGGGUUCCUCCUUUCCUUCUCAAAGAAUUAAAAAUCAGCUCUUGUUCAGUUGGUCCGGAAUUCCCUGCAUGGCUUCAAACACAGCACAAAUUGCAUGUACUGGACAUGUCUCAGGCUGGAAUUGCAGACACCAUGCCUGAUUGGUUCUGGAAUUUGACUUCUCGCAACUUUGUUUAUUUAGACCUCUCCAACAACCAGAUUCAGGGGAUAAUACCCAAAUCCUUAGAUUUCAUUAGCAUGGAAUGCAUUGACCUCUCUUCAAACCGGUUUUAUGGUCCUCUGCCGACAAUCCCUAGUUCAAAGAUCACAUAUAUAAAUCUUUCCAAUAACUCAUUUUCAGGAUCUAUUCCUCGCAAUAUUGUAGAUGAUUCACAUCAAUUUUACUUACAAAUCUUGCUCUCCAUGAACAAAUUAAACAGCACUCUUCCAAGCUCAUUUUGUCAAAUAAGCGGACUCAUGAUUCUGGACAUCUCUGAAAACCAUUUGUCUGGUGAGCUCCCUGAUUGCUGGUUCAAUUCAGUUAGACUAACUGAUAUGAAUUUGGCAGGCAACAAUAUAUCUGGAAGUAUACCAAAUUCAAUAUGUUAUAUUCCUCAUCUACAGUCACUGAAAUUGAGUCGCAAUAAACUGUCAGGUGAGUUCCCUGUUUCUCUCAAGAAUUGCAGUAACUUGCCCCUUCUUGAUCUCAGCCACAAUAAUUUCAGUGGAAGAAUACCGAAUUGGGUUGGAGAAAACUUAUCAAGUUUAAAUUUUCUCAUCUUAAAAUCAAAUGCUUUUACUGAUCACAUCCCUCAAGAAAUAUCUCAACUCAAAAAUCUCCAAAUCUUGGAUUUAUCAAACAACAAUUUCUCAGGUCCCAUUCCGAAAAGUUUAGGCAACUUGACGGCCAUGCAAAUGACUCCAGAAAAAACAUAUUGGCUUCCGGUUUUCAUGGGAGAUGCACAAAGCAUGUUGUUGGACCUCAAUCAAAGAGAAGAUCAGUAUAGCAGUAGUACUCUUUCAUAUGUAAAAUACAUUGAUAUCUCAAUCAAUAACUUGUCAGGAGCCAUCCCUGAAGAGCUAGCAAAUUUGUAUGGUUUACAAAGUUUAAACCUCUCUGGAAAUACUUUAGAAGGUGAGAUUCCAGAUAAAUUGGGUAGAAUGCAGCAACUGCAAUCACUAGACUUAUCAAGAAACAAGCUCUCAGGGAACAUACCGUCAACUUUAUCGAACUUGACCUUCUUGAGACUUUUCAAUGUAUCUCAUAACAUCUUGUCAGGAAGGAUACCUUCAGGCAACCAGUUUAACACAUUCAGAGACCCCUCCAUUUAUACUGGAAAUCAUCUUUGUGGGUUCCCUCUAAGUGACAAUUGCACUAAAGAUGGUGGAACAAGCAAGAAAGGGCCAAAUGAUGAUGAACCUCAAAUGGAUGAAGAUGAAGAUGACGAUGAUAUCUUGUGGCUGUACAUUGGAUCCUUGUCAGGAUUUGCAGUUGGGUCCUCUGUUGUUUGGGUUGUCUUGGCACUGAAGAAGAAAUGGAGACAUGCCUACUUCCGUUCUGCAGACAAUACUUACGACAAAAUCUACGUUUUCGUUGUUGUGAGGUUCAGAAGGAUGAAGAAGAAGUUCAUGCCAAACAAUUAA